AGGGUCCCGGAUUCCUCUAAAUUCUCUAAAAAGCUGACCAGUUUGCUGUGAAGAUGGGUGAUGCCCAUAUGGCCGAGUUUGGGGCUGCUGCCCAAUACCUACGCAAGUCUGAUAAAGAGAGGCUAGAGGCACAAACCCGGCCCUUCGACAUCAGAACAGAAUGCUUUGUCCCCGAUGACAAGGAAGAGUUCGUCAAGGCCAAAAUCGUGUCCCGAGAUGGGGGCAAGGUCACCGCGGAGACCGAGAAUGGCAAGACGGUGACAGUGAAGGAGGAUCAGGUCAUGCAGCAGAACCCACCCAAGUUUGACAAGAUCGAAGAUAUGGCAAUGCUGACUUUCCUGCAUGAGCCAGCUGUGCUCUUCAACCUCAAGGAGCGCUAUGCAGCCUGGAUGAUCUAUACCUACUCCGGCCUCUUCUGCGUCACUGUCAACCCCUACAAGUGGCUGCCAGUGUACGACGCAGAGGUGGUGGCUGCCUACAGGGGCAAAAAGAGGAGUGAAGCUCCACCCCACAUCUUCUCCAUUUCUGACAAUGCCUAUCAGUACAUGCUGACAGACCGGGAGAACCAAUCCAUCCUGAUCACUGGAGAAUCCGGGGCAGGAAAGACUGUGAACACGAAACGUGUGAUCCAGUACUUUGCCAGCAUCGCAGCCAUUGGGGACCGUAGCAAGAAGGACAGCGCCAGUGCCAACAAGGGUACCCUGGAGGAUCAAAUCAUCCAGGCUAACCCUGCCCUGGAGGCCUUUGGCAAUGCUAAAACUCUGAGGAAUGACAACUCUUCCCGCUUUGGAAAAUUCAUCCGGAUCCACUUUGGAGCCACAGGAAAGUUGGCUUCAGCUGACAUAGAGACCUAUCUCCUGGAAAAGUCCCGGGUUAUCUUCCAGCUAAAAGCAGAAAGAAAUUACCAUAUCUUCUACCAGAUCCUGUCCAACAAGAAGCCAGAACUUCUGGACAUGCUGUUGAUCACCAACAACCCCUAUGACUACUCCUUCGUGUCCCAGGGAGAGGUGUCUGUGGCCUCCAUCGAUGACUCUGAGGAGCUCCUGGCCACUGAUAGUGCCUUUGAUGUCCUGGGCUUCACAGCAGAGGAAAAAGCUGGGGUCUACAAGCUUACAGGGGCCAUCAUGCAUUAUGGAAACAUGAAGUUCAAACAGAAGCAGAGGGAGGAGCAGGCAGAGCCAGAUGGCACAGAAGAUGCUGACAAGUCAGCCUACCUCAUGGGGCUGAACUCAGCUGACCUUCUGAAGGGACUGUGCCAUCCUCGGGUGAAGGUAGGCAAUGAGUACGUCACCAAAGGUCAGAGCGUCCAACAGGUGAACUAUUCCAUUGGGGCCCUGGCCAAAUCUGUCUAUGAGAAGAUGUUCAACUGGAUGGUGGUUCGGAUCAAUGCUACUCUGGAGACCAAACAGCCACGCCAGUACUUUAUUGGUGUCCUCGACAUUGCUGGCUUUGAAAUCUUUGAUUUCAACAGCUUCGAGCAGCUCUGCAUCAACUUCACCAAUGAGAAACUGCAACAGUUUUUCAAUCACCACAUGUUUGUGCUGGAGCAGGAGGAGUACAAGAAAGAGGGCAUUGAGUGGGAGUUCAUUGACUUUGGCAUGGACCUACAGGCCUGCAUCGACCUCAUUGAGAAGCCCAUGGGCAUAAUGUCCAUCCUGGAGGAGGAGUGCAUGUUCCCCAAAGCCACUGACACGACCUUCAAGGCCAAACUCUAUGACAACCACCUGGGCAAAUCCAACAACUUCCAGAAACCCCGAAAUAUCAAGGGGAAGCCGGAGGCCCACUUCUCCCUGGUCCACUAUGCAGGCACCGUAGAUUACAACAUCAUGGGCUGGCUGGAGAAGAACAAGGACCCACUCAACGAGACUGUGGUGGGCCUCUACCAGAAGUCUUCCCUCAAACUGAUGGCAACCCUCUUUUCUUCCUAUGCUCCUGCCGAUGCUGCCGAUGCCAAAGGCAAAGGAAGCAAGAAAAAGGGUUCUUCCUUCCAGACGGUGUCGGCCCUCCACAGGGAGAACCUCAACAAGCUAAUGGCCAACCUAAAGACCACCCAUCCCCACUUUGUGAGAUGCCUCAUCCCCAAUGAGAGGAAAGCUCCUGGGGUGAUGGACAAUCCCUUGGUUAUGCACCAGCUACGCUGUAAUGGAGUGCUUGAGGGGAUCCGAAUCUGCAGGAAGGGCUUCCCCAACCGUAUCCUCUAUGGGGACUUCCGACAGAGGUAUCGGAUUCUGAACCCAGCGGCCAUCCCUGAGGGCCAGUUCAUCGACAGCAGGAAGGGGGCAGAAAAGCUGCUUAGCUCCCUGGACAUUGACCACAACCAGUACAAGUUUGGCCACACCAAGGUGUUUUUCAAGGCUGGGCUGUUGGGGCUGCUGGAGGAGAUGAGAGAUGAGAGACUGUCCCGCAUCAUCACCCGGAUUCAGGCUCAGGCCCGGGGCCAGCUGAUGAGGAUUGAGUUCAAGAAAAUCGUGGAACGAAGGGAUGCCCUCCUGGUGAUUCAGUGGAAUAUCCGGGCCUUCAUGGGGGUCAAGAAUUGGCCCUGGAUGAAGCUCUACUUUAAGAUUAAGCCUCUCCUGAAGAGCGCAGAGACAGAGAAGGAAAUGGCCAACAUGAAGGAAGAAUUUGGACGCAUCAAAGAUGCCCUGGAGAAGUCAGAUGCUCGACGCAAGGAACUGGAGGAAAAGAUGGUGUCCCUGCUUCAGGAGAAGAAUGACCUGCAGCUACAAGUCCAGGCAGAGCAAGAUAACCUCAAUGAUGCAGAAGAGCGCUGUGACCAGCUGAUCAAAAACAAGAUCCAGCUGGAGGCCAAGGUGAAGGAGCAAACAGAGCGCCUGGAGGAUGAGGAGGAGAUGAAUGCUGAGCUCACCGCCAAGAAGCGAAAGCUGGAGGAUGAGUGCUCAGAGCUCAAGAAGGACAUAGAUGACCUGGAGCUGACCCUGGCCAAAGUGGAGAAGGAGAAGCAUGCAACAGAGAACAAGGUGAAAAACCUGACCGAGGAGAUGGCUGGGCUGGAUGAGAUCAUUGCCAAGCUGACUAAGGAGAAGAAGGCCCUGCAAGAGGCCCACCAGCAAGCACUGGAUGACCUGCAGGCUGAGGAAGACAAGGUCAACACAUUGACCAAGUCUAAGGUCAAACUGGAGCAGCAAGUAGAUGAUCUGGAAGGAUCCCUGGAACAGGAGAAAAAGGUCCGGAUGGACCUGGAGCGGGCAAAGAGGAAGCUGGAAGGAGACUUGAAGCUAACUCAAGAGAGCAUCAUGGACCUGGAGAAUGACAAGCAGCAGCUAGAGGAAAAGCUCAAGAAGAAAGAGUUUGACAUAAAUCAGCUGAACAGCAAAAUUGAGGAUGAGCAGGCUGUGGCUCUCCAGCUACAGAAGAAACUAAAGGAAAACCAGGCUCGAAUCGAGGAGCUGGAGGAGGAGCUGGAAGCAGAGAGGACAGCCCGAGCCAAGGUGGAGAAGCUGCGCUCAGACCUGUCCAGGGAACUGGAGGAGAUCAGUGAGAGGCUGGAGGAGGCCGGCGGGGCCACAUCCGUCCAGAUCGAGAUGAACAAGAAGAGGGAGGCUGAGUUCCAGAAGAUACGCAGGGACCUGGAAGAGGCGACGCUGCAGCAUGAGGCCACAGCAGCCGCCCUGCGCAAGAAGCACGCAGACAGUGUGGCUGAGCUGGGAGAGCAGAUUGACAACCUGCAGAGGGUCAAGCAGAAGCUGGAGAAGGAGAAGAGUGAGUUCAAGCUGGAGCUGGAUGAUGUCACCUCCAACAUGGAGCAGAUCAUCAAGGCCAAGGCAAACCUGGAGAAAGUGUCCCGGACUCUGGAGGACCAGGCAAAUGAGUACCGGAUAAAACUGGAAGAGUCACAACGUUCCCUCAAUGACUUUACCACCCAGCGAGCGAAAUUACAGACAGAGAAUGGUGAGCUGACUCGUCAGUUAGAGGAGAAAGAAGCAUUGAUCUCCCAGCUGACCAGGGGAAAGCUCUCCUAUACACAGCAAAUGGAGGACCUUAAGAGACAGCUGGAAGAGGAGGCCAAAGCAAAGAAUGCCCUGGCACAUGCCCUGCAGUCAGCCCGCCAUGACUGUGACCUCCUGAGGGAGCAGUAUGAGGAGGAAACUGAGGCCAAGGCCGAGCUCCAGCGUGUCCUGUCCAAGGCCAACUCAGAGGUGGCGCAGUGGAGGACCAAGUAUGAGACGGACGCCAUCCAGAGGACUGAAGAGCUAGAGGAGGCCAAGAAGAAGCUGGCCCAGAGGCUGCAGGAUGCAGAGGAGGCCGUGGAGGCCGUGAAUGCCAAGUGUUCAUCCCUGGAGAAGACCAAGCACCGACUGCAGAACGAAAUCGAGGACCUGAUGGUGGAUGUGGAGCGGUCCAAUGCUGCCGCUGCUGCCCUGGACAAGAAACAGAGGAACUUUGACAAGAUCCUUGCCGAGUGGAAGCAGAAAUAUGAGGAGUCUCAGUCAGAGCUGGAGUCAUCCCAGAAGGAGGCGCGUUCCCUCAGCACCGAGCUCUUCAAGCUCAAGAACGCCUACGAGGAAUCCCUGGAGCAUCUGGAGACCUUCAAGAGGGAAAACAAGAACCUCCAAGAGGAGAUCUCAGACCUGACAGAGCAACUGGGAGAAGGGGGAAAGAAUGUCCAUGAGCUGGAGAAGAUCCGAAAGCAGCUGGAAGUUGAGAAAUUGGAGCUUCAGUCAGCUUUGGAGGAAGCGGAGGCCUCCUUGGAGCAUGAGGAGGGCAAGAUCCUCCGGGCACAGCUGGAGUUCAACCAGAUCAAGGCAGAGAUUGAACGCAAGUUGACAGAGAAGGAUGAGGAAAUGGAGCAGGCGAAGCGCAACCACCUACGGGUGGUGGACUCCCUGCAGACCUCCCUGGAUGCUGAGACCCGCAGCCGGAACGAGGCCCUUCGGGUGAAGAAGAAGAUGGAGGGAGACCUCAACGAGAUGGAGAUCCAACUCAGCCAGGCCAAUCGGAUGUCUUCUGAGGCCCAGAAGCACUUAAAGAUAGCACAGGCCCAUCUAAAGGACACCCAGAUCCAACUGGAUGACUCCAUCCGGGCCAACGAUGACCUGAAGGAGAACAUCGCCAUUGUGGAUCGUAGAAAUAACCUACUGCAGGCAGAGCUAGAGGAACUUCGGGAGGUGGUGGAGCAGACAGAGAGGGCCCGAAAGUUGGCUGAGCAGGAGCUAAUUGAGACCAGUGAGCGGGUGCAGCUGCUCCAUUCCCAAAACACCAGCCUAAUCAACCAGAAGAAGAAGAUGGAGGCAGACCUGUCUCAACUUCAGUCGGAAGUGGAGGAGUCACUGCAGGAAUGCAGGAAUGCUGAGGAAAAGGCAAAGAAAGCCAUCACCGAUGCAGCCAUGAUGGCUGAAGAGCUGAAGAAGGAGCAGGACACCAGUGCCCACCUGGAGAGGAUGAAGAAGAACAUGGAGCAGACCAUCAAGGACCUACAGCAUCGACUGGAUGAGGCCGAGCAGAUUGCCCUCAAGGGCGGCAAGAAGCAGCUGCAGAAGCUCGAGGCACGGGUACGAGAGCUGGAGAAUGAGCUCGAGUCAGAGCAGAAGAGAAAUGUUGAGUCAGUCAAGGGCAUGAGGAAGUGUGAGAGGCGCAUCAAAGAGCUCACCUACCAGACAGAGGAAGACCGGAAGAACUUGCUCCGCCUCCAGGACCUGGUGGACAAGCUUCAGCUGAAGGUCAAGGCCUACAAGAGGCAGGCUGAGGAGGCGGAGGAACAGGCCAAUACCAACUUGUCCAAGUUCCGAAAGGUCCAACAUGAGCUGGACGAGGCCGAGGAACGGGCUGACAUUGCUGAGUCCCAGGUCAACAAGCUUCGGGCCAAGAGCCGUGACAUCGGUGCCAAGAAAAUGCAUGAUGAGGAGUAAGCCUCCUCCCUACAGCUCAAGCAAGGCCUUCGGUUCCCCCCAACCCUGGGAGUCUGGAAUAAUCAAC